AUGUUUACUAAAAAAUCUCAUCAGGAUGUCAAAAAAUCCACUGUUAAAAUACAAGAUUCUAAGAAAGAUUCGACAACCCGAUUAAAACACCUCAAAAUCGUUUUAGAACAUUUUGAUGCAGAUGAAGCCAAGACAUACUUUGAGGCGAACUUCAGUCAUGUAUAUUUUAUCUUGUAUGAUAACUUUAUUUUAGCAGAAAAUAAUCUUCGACAAAGAGAACUUCCGUUCCAUCUUGUACACAAAGCUGGCAGGGAAGAAUUAGAAGGAGCAUUAUCUCUCUUAGAAAAAGUAUUAUGCCUUUUGCCUGAAUUACUUGGUAAAAGAUGGCAGUUACAUUCUCUUACAAGAAUAUUUUCAAAACUCCUCCAUAGCGGCAAUUCUCAAAAACUUAGGGCAGAAGCUAUAAGAUAUUUCCUUCUGUGGUAUCAAGCUCUUGGAGAUAAUGCCCCACAUGAAGUGCACAGGAUGUUUGCUGGGUUGGUACCAGGCAUGCCUGAAUCACCAGCCCAGCCAAUUGGAUCGCCCUUUAAGCAAAAAUCCUUUGAUGUAAUGACUAAUAUAUCAAAUGAGUCAGGUGAUUUCAAAAUGGAGGAUAUAAUGCAGCACCCAAACUUCAAUUCCGCUUCUGAUCAUAUGAAGAAAGUUGUUGUGGAGCAAACAUCAACUGGUAUUAUGGGAAAGUUAGCGCAUGUUUCAGCCUCAAUAUUUCAUGAUACAAAUGCUCUUAACCCGGUUCAAAGUAUAGAGAUACAGCCUUUACUACCGGCAAGUGCCAAUGAGAGGGCAGCGGAUAAUGAAACUAGGUUUUUUUUUGAAAUACUUCUUGAUGGUAUGGCCACUACAGUUACAAAAAUACACUGGCGAGAUAGAUCACACGCUAAAGCAAUGAGAUGUUUUGCAUUCUUAUUGGAGAAGUUUAAAAUAUACUACCUACCUAUUAUUUGCCCGCAGUUCAAUCACAGAAACUCAUUAUACAAGCCUAAUCUUGAACUGCCGGUUCAGCAUAACAUUUUAGAAGACGAUUACGUAAUAUGCCGUGUGACACUUAUUAAAUGGGUUGCGAGUUAUGCUAAUUUUGUAAAGCGACAAGGCAGCGAUGGAGGGCAACCAUCUUCAAUGACAAGCACAGGAUCUCACCUGCCUCAUUCUGGUACACCCACACCCGCCGCUUCUCUACAUCAUGAGGAGGAGACUUCUUUCACUGUGGGACAUCCAUCAGAUUCAAGUAGAGCAUCUUCGCAUGAUUCCUCCUCUAACACACCUCAUCCUAGUUUGGAAUCAGGUUCGGGUAUUUUAGAGGAAUUAAGCUCUGAACAAGUGGUCCGCGACGUACUUUGCUGCUCUUCGCGGGAACACGUAGAUUUUACAAUUGAGGUGCUGCGCCAGGCUUUCUUGCUGCCCUUCUCUCACGCGGCUGCCGUCAGGCGCGUCAUCGGACUGUACAAAGACUGGAUACAGAUGAAUGUGUCGGAAAUCCCACCGUUUCUAAUAGAAAACACGUACGAGCAGCAACUAGCGGCCGGGGAGCCAGCAGCGCCGCCGCGACGUCUCCGCAACGACUCCUACCUCGGCGCGGUCAACCGAGAUGUAAUGGUUCGGGCCGGCAUGCAGAACGUGUUACAAGUUUUCAUGACACAGGCAGCAAACGUGUUCUUGGCGUCCCCUUCUCCAGUAGCGCCACCUGGUGCCGUCAACCAACAACAGCACCUAUUGCAAGAACAGACCGACACUUGCAAACGUGUACUGAACAUUUAUCGUUACAUGGUUAUGCAUGUUGCAAUGGAUGCAAGUACAUGGGAACAACUACUGUUGGUACUACUCCAGAUAACGUCUUUAGUAUUGACAAAAGUAGUACCUAAAAGAAAACAGGAAACACUUGGGGGUUUUCUAGCACCAGCUCUCUUUCAGACUUUAAUAGUGACCUGGAUCAAAGCCAACUUGAAUGUUGCUGUAAAACCGGAGCUGUGGCAAAGUUUUAUGGAGUUGUUGACAAGGCUGACACACUGGGAAGAUCUCAUUAAGGAAUGGGCGAAAACGAUGGAGACCUUGACGCGUGUGCUCGCGCGGCACGUGUAUUCGCUGGAACUGUCAGAGAGUGGGAGCGCGGCGGGCGUUCCGGGUGGCGCGGGGGAGGCGCGAGGGCGAGGGGCGCGGGGGGGGCGGGCAGCACCCGCGCCCGCUGCAUUGCCGCGCCCGUUGCCCCGCGUGCGCCCCGCGCUCAUCGCAGCUGACGCGUGCACGCCUGGAAAAUCACCACGGCCUGGUAGUGAUACGCAUGGACGCAAGGAGACUGUUCGAGGUCGUCAGUUGCAGCGCUGCCGCAGCGACCCGCACAUAGCAAGGCACACGCAACUUCACCUGCACGUUGUCACAGUCGAAGAAACCAAAGAACAAACCAACACAAAACCAAGAAGAUGGUACUCAUUGGAUUCCUUGCGGCAGUCAUCACAUCAUGAAGAUAGGGAUUCCGCUAGUGGUUCUCGCUCCCCUUCACCGGCGCCAUCUAGCGGAGUUGAGAGUAGCUCUAUUAAAGACUCCCCACUACAAAUAGAUUUAGCUUCUGAUGGCGGUAAUGUUGAAUGGGCAGAGAGCGAGAACGGUUCAGGCGUGGGCAUGGGCAUGGGUGUGGAGGGCGGAGCUGUGGGAUCAGGUGUGGGCGUGGGCGUGGUGCUGGGCGGGUCGGCGCGCGGCUGGCUGCCUGCCGUCGCGGCCGUGCUGUGGCGCCGCAUGCUGGCCGCGCUCGGCGAUCCCAACCAUCUGCGCGACCCGCAGACCCAUGCGCAUUUCUACAACUACCUCAUACAUCUCAACUCUACGCUCCUAAAGAUAAGCGCAAACCAAACUCUAAAUGGAAAUACGGAAAUUCACGUACCAUUCAACUUAGUGGCGGGAUGGUGUCUCGAGGCCGAAGCCUUGCCGUCUUCCCACAGAGCGGGCAAGCUGCUGGCGUUGCGGCUGCUUUGCGAGUCGACGCAGGCGCAAGGCCCGGGCGCGCCGUCCUCCUGCAACAACCGCCUGCAUCUCGCGCACCUGCAUCUCUACCAACGCGCUUUGCACCACGGUUUGACAGGCGAAGACCGUUCCGUGGUGGAUGUACUGGUGGAGUACGCAGCGCCACGCUACCUGUCCCUGGCUCUCGAUGGCUACUCUCUACUUUUGUUGGACUUCGUCCACGCCUCAACCGUCGUACUCAACUCUUCUGACAUGGGAACAUCAUGUCCACGUACGGCGGCUGUGACUUUCCUCGGUUCCCUUCUAGCAUUGCCUGACGAGUUGAUGAACGCGCCGAUGCUACAGCCCUACCCUCACCAAUACAACACCGUAUCGUGCCCCGAUCUCAAGGAGCAUGUGCUGAACAUUGUCGUGCGCGUGUGCCGGCGAGAAGGCGCCGCGGCAGCACGGUGUGCGGGCGCGUGCGCGCUGGCCGCGCACGUGGCGCACCUGCUCGACUCGCGCCAGCCCUGCGCCCGCCUGCCCGCCUACGUCACCUGCCUGCUGCAGCUGCUGAUGGUCAGUAGCACGGCGACCGCGAUCUGUGAGUGUAAACUGCGCGUGCGUGCGGUCCGCGUACGUGGCGCACCUGCUCGACUCGCGCCAGCCCUGCGCCCGCCUGCCCGCCUACGUCACCUGCCUGCUGCAGAUGCUCAUGUAGCACGGCGACCGCGAUCUGUGAGUGUAAACUGCACGUGCGUGCGGUCCGCGCACGUGGCGCACCUGCUCGACUCGCGCCAGCCCUGCGCCCGCCUGCCCGCCUACGUCACCUGCCUGCUGCAGAUGCUCAUGAUGAAAAAUAAAACUAUAGCUAAGGUUGUGAGCGACGCUAUACUGGUGUUAGCCGACUACACGGAUCGCAUCGUGGAACUAUAUCCCGGACUAGCUGAGAAAAUAAUAAAAUGGAUAUGCGCUUGCCUCGCUCAAAUAUCGAGCAGUAGCUCCCGAGAUUCUGUCAAACCUCUUGCGGGUUCGCUGUUACUGUGCUUGGCCGAAUUCGCCGUCCGUUGUGGUCCUGCGUACCUUAUGAAAGAAAAUGAUGGAGAACAGACUUUAUUAUUGACGAUUUUUAAGGUUCUGUAUGCUGUGAUGAAAGGAAGUAACGGAUCUGACAUCGAAGGCCUGUCACUGCCCGUCGACGAAGACUUCGACCCUAAUAUUCAACUGGACAACCUUGGACCUAAAACAUCUCUAGCCUCAACCAUUGAUGUUAAACUUUGGGCUCAAACAAUAUGCACGCAGCUGGUGCUGUUCCUGGGCCACUGGCCGCUGUGGAGCGGCUGCCAGCUAUCGUCGAGCGUGUGCGAGCAGCACGACAGCAGCCCGCCGCUGGGCGCCGAGCUGGGCCCGGCCGUGCUAGCCGCGCGCCACCUGCAGUUCAUGCGCUUCAGCGACUCCACGCUCGCUUCGCUCAUCGAGCUGCCCGCGCUUGACAUGCCCGCAGGUGGCACCACGCCAGGUCUAAUGACAUCUGAUCGACAAGUACGCAUCCUUCUCCGAGAUAUAGCAGGCAAAGCGUGCUGGGAUGCUUCCGCUUUGUACUAUGACCCUUUUGGCUCUUCGUCGGAGGAUCUUCAACCACUUGUACUACCAGAUACUGUACACAGCCCAAGAGACAACACUUUGUCAUCUCUGCCACCACCUUUACCACCAGACCUACUGCCUGAUUAUAAAAAUUCACCACCAGACAAACAUCAGUUGGAUCAUGUGCUGGCGUAUAUCGGUCACACGUCGCCGGAGGUGACGUGCGGGCGGCGGCUGAACAGCGCGGGUGCGUCGCCGCUGCCCGCCGGCGCCGAGGACGAGCUGGUGGCCGCGCUCGUCGCGCACCGCAACGCCGAGCGCCUCUACCUUGCGCACCGCGAACCCGAUGAGGAAUUGGAGCCAGACGAGACAUGCACGCCAGGUUGCUCGACAGCUGCGGGUCCGUUUGACCUGUGCCGCCAGUUCCUGGCGCAAAGUGGCGCCUUGGCGCCGUCGCGGCGCGCACACGUGCAGCUGUUGAAGCGUUCUGACCGCUUGCUACGUGAACUACGUAAUCUUGACGCGCUUAGGUGUCGUGAAACGCAUAAGGUUGCUGUGAUAUACGUCGGCAAAGGUCAGGAGACUCGGAACGAGAUCUUGUCGAACCGCUGCGGAAGUCCAGCUUAUGAAGCAUUCCUUGCUGCUCUCGCUUGGGAGGUGGAGCUGGAGUCGCACGUGGGGUUCGCGGGCGGGCUGCGGGGCGGCGGCGGUGGCGGCGUGUCCGCGCCCUACGUCGCCACGCUCACGCUCGAGGCGCUGUUUCACGUCGCCACGCGCAUGCCCGCCGCCACGCCCGACGCCAUACUCAACAAGGUACGUACACGGUGCCGUAUCCGCGCCCUACGUCGCCACGCUCACGCUCGAGGCGCUGUUUCACGUCGCCACGCGCAUGCCCGCCGACACGCCCGACGCCAUACUCAAUAA